AUGCAGGAGCUGGGCUGUGUUUUCAAAGAAGCCUUUGCCAAUCUGGACACUAAGAGAGCAGCUGCCUGUAAACUGGCCACUCUCAACCAAACCACAACCACCUCCAAGUACAUCACAGAGUUCCAUAAUCUCAUUGCAGAAUCAGACUGGAACAAGGGGGCCUACAUUGUGCAGUUCACACAAGGCCUCCACUGGAAAGUUAAGGAACUGUUAUUGAUCAAAGAUAACAUUCCUGACAAACUCAAAGCAAUCUUUGCUGCAACCAUCAAGAUAGAUAACACAUGCCAAGAAAACAAGGAGAACUGUCCAAAGAAGGUGCCCAAGGCCCUGGUCACUGCAACCACCACAACCACCACCACCCACAGGGUCCAACUAUCCAAGGACCCAAAUUACAUCACCCCCAAAGAACAGGAUUGUUGCCACACAGCAGGCCUGUGUGUCAAAUGCAGCCAAAAAGGGCAUGGUAUCAAACAGUGCCCAAAUGGCUGGAAAGCCACAAUCAAGGAGGCUGCCAGAGCUGGGGAGGUUGUUGAGUUGGAAAAAGAAUGA